AUGUGGCGUAUCCAGGUUAUGGCUGCUAACAAGAGGAGGAGGAGUAGUGGUGCUGAUGACAUCACUAAGGCGAUUCAUCGGAUGGUGGAUGCGAUGCAGCCACUAGUAGCAACGCAGCCUAAGACGACGAUUGCACCAAUCAGGGUGCCGACCGUGGAGGACUUCUUGCGCCACAAGCCAGCUGAGUUCACUGGCAAGGCCUCCCCUGAUGAAGUGGAUGCAUGGCUCCGCAAAUGUGAGAAGAUCUUCAAAGUGAUGAACUGCGAAGAUGAGCAGAAGUUGUUGUUCGCUACUUACCUGCUGAAUGAGGAUGUUGAAUAUUUGUGGGUAGGCAUGCAACAACAGAUGGAGACUAGGGAAUUACUAGUGUCUUGGGCCAACUUCAAGACUCGUUUCCUGGAGAAGUACUUUCCAGAUACAACAAGACAGGACAGGGAGGCUGAAUUCCUGGCAUUGCAGCAAGGAGACAUAACAGUGCAGGAGUAUGUUAACAAAUUUGAGCACUUGGCGAGGUAUUCCUCACAGAACAUCACCGAGGAGUGGAAAUGCUUAAUGUUUGAGCGAGGACUCAGACUUGAGUUGAAGAGGGUGGUAACUCCUUUGAGAGAGAGAAGGUUUCCUGUCUUGGUGGAACAGGCCAAGAGUGCGGAGCACCUUGAGAAUGGCCCUGGUCUAGUUGUGAGCCAACAUCAGAAAAAUGUCGCUGAGGCUAGGCAGAUGAAAAAGCCUUAUAGCAGACCACAGACAUCCCAGCGUCUCUCUUUGCUACUAGUGUGGUGGACCCCAUCUGAAGAGGAACUGUCCUUAGUUGGCAGGCGGAGUAGGAGGGUCAGGCGACCGUCGCAAGUGCUUUAUAUGCGACAAAUCGGGACACUUCGCCAACAAUUGCCUAGAAAAGAAGAGUCCUGGUUUGAAGAAACCAGUAGCAUCGCCAACAGAGAGAGCUAG